CAAUACCAUCGCGCCUAUCUUGAAACUAAAAAUCGGGCCCGAGGCUUUGCAGUGAAUGCCAUGCGUGGAAGCAAUGAUGAUGGUGUUGGUGGUCCCUUGAUGGAAUAUGAUGCUCGAAUUGGGCAGGGUCGGCUGCAGGAUGAUCCGCACCAGCGACAAAUCAUUAAACGACUUCAAGAUUUGUAUGAAGAACUAAAGACUUAUGACCCACCUCAGGUGACCCACCCAACGGUUGGCUAUCUGGAUCACAAUCGCCUGACGUCAUAUUUUGAGAGCUUCCUCGGUCGCGGGGCCGAGACUCACGAACAAGUCCCCGCCCCUGGCGAUUCUCCAAAAGGCUUAUAUAUGUUUGGAGGCGUAGGAUGUGGUAAAACAAUGCUGAUGGAUAUGUUCUAUGAAACACUGCCCGCACAUAUAUCGUGCAAGUCGAGGACCCAUUUCCACAACUUCAUGCAGGAAAUACAUAAGCGUCUAAAUGUGUUGAAAAUAGAGUCUGGCAGUGACUGUGAUGCAUUAUCUAAGUUGGCUGCCGACAUUGCGGAGGAGUCGAGUGUGUUGUGUUUCGAUGAAUUUCAGUGUGCAGAUAUUGCUGAUGCGAUGAUUCUGAGGACAUUCCUUGGACUCCUCGUGUCGCAUGGGGUUGUGCUCGUCAUGACUUCGAAUAGUCAUCCUGAUGACCUGUAUACCAACGGUAUACAACGUGAAUCGUUCAUUCCGUGCAUUGAACUCUUGAAAGAUGUUCUCAAAGUGACCAAACUGAGUUCUCAUGCCGAUUACCGUCAGGUGGCUCGGCCCCAAUCAGGAGCCUAUUACCAUCCAUUGGGUCCUAAAGCAGAGCAACAUGUACAGAAAUGGUUCUCUUACUUGGGUGAUAUAAAUGAUCCUCCAAAUCCAACAACGAAGGAGAUAUGGGGUCGAGAGAUUAAAGUGCCUAUGGCCAGUGGCAAAGCUGUCCGAUUUAGUUUUAAAGAUUUGGUCGGGGAUGCCGUGGGGACGGCAGAUUAUCUAGAGCUCGUCCAGAGUUAUGAUUCUUUUAUUGUCACUGAAGUCCCGCAGAUGGAUUUGAGUAAUCAGGACCCCACAAAGAGAUUCAUAACCUUCAUUGAUGCCAUUUAUGAAAGCAAGGCUAUUUUAGUUCUAACGACGGCGGUUCCGCCCAGCAAAUUAUUCUUGGGCCUCUCCAUGGAGGAACUAAGGUCAACCUCGAGCGUUAGGAAAGAGGAGGAACGUUUUGCUUAUAUGCGUGCCAUGUCACGGUUGUCGGAAAUUGGUAGCGAAGACUGGAUGAAGCGUAAAAUUUUGCAGGAAUGA